AUGUUUCAAUUAAUUAAAACUUUUCUUGACCAACUUUUGUCGUCAAUUAAUCUUUUCGCUCGUUAUCAUCGUGUCCCAGCCUCACCUUGCCAUUUCAGAAAUUCUUUAUUUUCCAUACAUAUUAAUGAUACCGAUUCACCUGUUAAACAAUUCACAAUCGAAUGUGAGUGGCGAACAUCCUCAAAACAAUCGUUCGACAUUCGAUUAUCGUUUCGUAAUCAUCAUCUUCGUUCAUGGUGGCCUUUAUUAUCAAAUUUAGAAAUUGAAUUGCGAAAAAUUUCUGAAGAGUUCAUUUUACCUAUAUCAUUUAUAACUCGAUCAUUGAAUGCAUUGGAUAUUCAACUUGAUCGUCCAACUGUUUUUUCUCGAUUAUUAAAUGAUUCCACAUUUGAUAUCGGUAAUCGGUUUUUAUCAUCAUUCGAUACACAUUUUGAUCAGAUUGUUUUAAUCAAAUUAAAACCAAAAUCUACAAAUUAUUUUAAUCAACGAAGAUCUGAACUUUUAGUUCAUGCAGUCGAGAAUUUCGUUUCACUUACUCAAGCAAAAAUUAUUCAAUCACAUGAAUUUGAUAAAUUCCUUGCAUCUCUCAAAGCAUCAGAAGCCAGCUUAAGUGAAUCUUGCAUAUAUUUUCAACUGAUACAUUCUUACUUGUUCGAAAGUUUAAAGUUUGAUGACAAAAUCAUUGAUAAAGUUUGUGUGAUCAUCACCACUCUUGAAAAUGAAUCUUAUCAUGUUGAUUCUUGCCAACGUUUAUUUAGUGAAAAAUUACCAAAUAUUACAUUGAAGGUGAUUAAAAUAGGAAACGUUCUCAAUACUGAUCAUUUUAAUCAUAUUCAUUCUUAUGAUCAAUUCAAACAUUGUCUAGAAGAGAAUGAUUUUAUUGACAGUGAACAAGUUUCUCAAGAGAAUUUAGAUUCAAUCGUUAAAACAAUGGAACUGUGGACACUACUUUCACCAUAUCCUAAUAAGGCAUUAAGUUUGAGAAACCUUGAACAAUUCAGAUCAAAAUAUAAUCAAUCAAUAUUCGUUCAUUAUAAUUUAGCAAGAAUCCAAUCGAUUGUGGAAAAAUUUCGCUUAAAUUUUUCCCGUGACAUCAAAAUCGAUGCAAAUUUUAUGCUGCUAUCAAACGAAUUCGAAUGGACAAUUUUGUGGAUUUAUAUGGUUCGUCUGCAAGCAAUGAACGAAACUCUUAUUGAAGAGAUCUUUCAUCGUUAUCAAACGACAUUUAAUUCUAUUAGCAAAAUAAUUGUCACUAUUGAUCAAUUAUGUCAUCAAUUCAGUAGAUAUUAUCGUAGCAUUCGAAUUUUGUUACCCGAUUCUAGCGAUAAACAUCUGGAGCCACUCAUCGCAACACGUGUGGAAUUUUGCAGCAAAAUUCGAAAACAGAUUCAAUUCUAUUUUCAUCAAUCAUUUCGAAUCAAAACCAUAGAUAAAAUUUGAACUUUCUUAUCUUCUUUCUUUCUUUUCUUUAUUUUUAUAACGAAACGUACUUUUUUAUAACUUGUGUAAUAAUAAAAU